UGAUGCUGUCUCACCGUGCGGUGCUCGCCAAACACACCGGCUGACUUUGGAACUGUCCACGGAUGGAUUUUACACGUUUACCUCGCGAAGGGCCAAGGGGAGAGUGAACGGGAGCAGAAAAGGAGGGAACCUUCUGAUCGGCACUGAGAGAGAGAGAGCUCCCGAGCAGUUUCCUGGGUGUUGCGGAACCAGUUCCUUUAAGACUCGACCAUCCCCAUGUACUGGAAAAGUGAAACUCUGGCUCCUCUGCCAGAGGGGAACAAGGUUCUAUCUGAAGGAAUCCCCGCCGAAAAGGUAAUGUCACAGGACAGUCAGCAUAAACAAGGCACCUCGCGCUGUGUGGAAAACAACAUUUCUCAGAUCAUGUCUCACUCUGAUGGGGACACGUUGGGAACUAACAUGGAGAAGGAUGAGAUCCGAUCUUCCCCCAGUCCUCCAUCUACUCCCUCUAUUUCAUCUCCGCCUUCAUCCUCUUACUCCAUCACCUCUGCCGACAAAAACAUCUGUGCCAGCUGUGGCUUAGAAAUCCUAGAUAAAUAUCUGUUAAAGGUGAAUAACCUGAUCUGGCACGUUCGUUGUUUGGUAUGUUCAGUCUGCAGGACCUCCCUACGCAGACAUACCAGCUGUUACAUUAAAAACAAAGAAAUUUUCUGCAAAGUGGAUUAUUUCAGCCGGUUUGGCACAAAGUGCGCCCGCUGUGGCAGGCAGAUCUACGCCAGUGACUGGGUACGGAGAGCACGGGGUAAUGCCUACCAUCUGGCAUGCUUUGCUUGUUUCUCCUGUAAGAGGCAGCUCUCCACAGGGGAGGAGUUUGGGCUGGUUGAAGAAAAAGUGCUGUGUAGGAUCCACUAUGACACCAUGUUGGAAAACCUCAAGCAAGCAGCAGAGAAUGGUAACGGGCUGACAUUGGAGGGAGCUGUACCUUCAGACCAAGACAGUCAUCCUAAGCCAGCAAAGAGAGCACGGACAUCAUUCACUGCAGAGCAAUUACAGGUGAUGCAGGCACAGUUUGCACAAGACAAUAACCCUGACGCACAAACACUUCAGAAGCUUGCGGACAUGACUGGGUUGAGCAGACGUGUUAUCCAGGUCUGGUUUCAAAACUGCAGAGCACGGCACAAAAAGCAUACUCCACAACAUGCAGUAGGUCAGCCAGGUCCCCCUCGGUCACGCCUUCCUCCAUCCCUACCAGAGGACAUUCAUUACCAAGCUUUCAGUCACCAUGAGCGGACCAGGAUGGUGGCUCUUCAUGGUUAUGUGGAAAGUCAUCCAUUUUCAGUGUUGACAACACAGCCCAUUCCACACCAAGCUUUGGCUCUGCCACAAUUGCCAAUCAGCCGUUGAUCCCUCUGCCAGAAAAGGUCUUUGAAGAACAGAUGCCAUUUAUGGAUCGUGUGACAAGCAAAACUUAAAUUCAUAAACCCCGCUUGUGGACGUUCUCAGUAAUGUAUUAAGAUGCUAGGACCUGUCUACAUGCUGUUCACAUGGCUUGGUUUUCAAAUUGUACUGAAUCCAGUUCAUUAUAUAAGGAAACAAGAACAGAAAAUGCUGGAAAUACUCAGCAGGCAGCAGCUUUGGAGAGAACAGACGAGUUAACUGUUCAGGUGUGCACCCUUUGCCAAACCUGAUUUCCAGCAUCUGCAGUAUUUUCCUCUUAAUUCAUUACCUAAAGAACAUGCUCACUUAAUCCAAAGGCUGGACCUUUUUGGUCCUUGUCAGGAUAAGGACCGAUCUCAGUGAUAAAACAAUGUUUUUCCCAUUUUGUUUCUAGUAACAGUAUUAAGGUUUUUCUGUACCAGAGUUUGGUAAAGCAGCUGCUGCAUCAAAUCACCUCUAGCAUUGUAUCAGUAAUAAUUGGCCUGAGGUGAGAAGACUCUGAACUUUGUUUAGCUUCUUUGACUUAGUCUUUUUUUUUAUUGACAAUGCAGCAUGAAGGAGUGUUAUGCAUUGUGACUCAUGCCUCCCAGUACUGCAACAACUGGUCACCUUUAAAAAUUCUGGUCUAGUAUCACACACGUAGACUCAAUGUGGAUGGUUUACUUGUAGUGCAUUUGUUGAAUUGGUACUUUUUGGUUCCUACAAUCUCAUGGCACAAUGAUAGCUUCCUUCAGCCCAGCAACAGAGUCAUGGACUCUACUCCACAUUGGAAAAUACAUAACUCCAUCACUCUUGUCAUGGGCCUUUUUUUCAAAACCACUUGCUAAUGAAAACAUUCCCACCUAUUUUCUGUUAUUCCACCACUUGCACAUCAGACAGUUCACACGAACACUGAAUUUACUCACUGCCCUAAGAAUGCAUCAUCUCACAGCAACAGUCAUGGUUCACAUUGAAUACCCUACACAAUAACGCAAUUUUGUUGACUUCAUUUUUCAAGCAUAAUUUAACUAAACUGUUAAACUGUAUGACGGUGUUUUAAACAAGAUAUAUAUAUAUAUAUAUAUAUAAUGGGACUUGCUGGUUCACAGAAAUAUAAACCAGCAGAGAAAUCAGGCCCUCAACACUCAUUCUUCCUUUGGGCUCAUGAAUUAGACACUAAUGGCUCUAAGUGGUUUAUGGUGGUUUAAUUUUAGUAAACUACAAACUUCAGCAUAUUACCCAUUAGAUUCUAGUUACAACCAAUAAUGUUCAGUUCAGCUCAAUUGAAAUAGUUAUUUAAAAUUUGAAAUAAGGAACUCAUCAAAACUAAUCUUCCUCACCUAUCCUACUGCAUUUGAACAUGGCUGAAUGAUUGGGUCGCAGAUCAGCCAUGCUAAAGCCACUGGCUGUAACUUGUUGUAUAAUAUUUUGUUUAUGUGGCAUGAAUUAAUGAUGUCUCACCAGAAAAGGAAGCCUAAAUUAACUGUUUCCAUUUGUUCAAGUAACAAUGAAAGGAAUAAGAUGUAGAAGGUCCCAUGUGAGAAGUGUGAAGCUUUAGGGUGAGUCAGACUGGGUUGUCUGUCGUGUAUAUAGAGUUGUUGCCUUUGUGGCACCGUGCGAGCAAUAGGAACACUUGUUGGGGCUGUCCUCCUGGUUUAGUUAGUAAAUGCACCACCCUUUGAUGCUAGGAUAAACAGACCAAAGGCUUCUAGGUUUGAUUCCUAAUCUGCACUGUUUGGUGCUCUUAGCCAGAGUAGCGAUAGGACCGCAGCAAUUUUCUUCAGCUGGCCUGAGCUAGGGAGGGUGCAAAUCUGCAAAGGAUCCUGCUCCAGAUUGCUACCUUGUGGGCCGUGCUGGGCAAGUGUGCACAUGUGGAAAGGAAACUCACAAUGCCAGCUUGCCUGCACUGGGCAUUCUUCCCAGAGUCACACAACAAAAAUGGUCACUCAGGUGAGCUUCUGUCACUUAUGGGGACCAUAUCCCUUUAAGAGUUGAGGCUUUUGAGUGGAAAAAAGAAAUAGGAAUAUAAAUUGGUAGAAAACUGAAGCACUUAUAGAGUUAAUAUGAUUUUUCUCGAUUGGGGGAAACAAAUUAAUAUUGUUUGCCAACUCUCCAUGAGGCACGUGGACCUAUGUUAGCAUGAAAAGUACAUGAGAAAUGGCCAGAGGCCACAACAGAAUAUCUGCUGCAAAUUUUAGUUAAAGUAAACAAUUCUUACCCAGGUUAUCAAUAUUCUGCCGUUCCAUUCAGCUGAGAAAUCAAUCCUAUUUGUUUUUAAAUGCAGCUCGCUGUGCUAACAUAGUCACUAGUAUAGCCAUAACUUGCCAGAUCUUGGGACCUGCAGGCUGGUGAUAUUAAACAAGAGUGACAGAAAUAAACUAAUGAAUUAAAAGAUGAGAUUUACAUUUUUAAAAAACGCUAAAAGCUUAUUUUAUACCUCACCAAAAAGGGGGAGUCAUUCUGUUUUUUUUUAAUUCAUUCAUAGGAUGUGGGCGUCACUGGCUAGGCCAGCAUUUAUUACCCAUCCCUAGUUGCCCUUGAGAAGGUGGUGGUGAGCUGUCUUCUUGAACCGCUGCAGUCUCUGUAGUGUAGGUACACCCACACUAAGGUACGUACGUACACAAAUUGGGUUUCAUUGGCUUCGGUGUAACUGCUGCAGUGUAGAAAAGCAGAGUCUCACCCUAGCAAGGUUUCGAGGUGUGGCCUAUCGUCUUUCCUUUCAAUGGAUUGCUCGCGCUGAAAUCGGCAGCUUGAAUGCCUAAGGAGAACAUCGUAACCUCAAAUUACACCAUUUACUCUUUUUACAAACCUUUACAGCAGGCCAGAAGGUUGAAAUGGGAGACAGCUGUCUGUUUAAGUUUCAAGGAUCAUAUAUUGUUAUAUUUGCCAAGUUUUCAGAUUACGGACUUGUGUCACCGUCAACAAAAAUCAAACUGCCUCAUUCCUGGACUUUAAAAUAGGCUAGAGUUUUGCUGGCAUACUAGCAUAACAUCUAUCUAUUGUUUAUUUGACCAGUAACAGAGCCAUUGUGAGCAUAUAUACAGUAGAAGAGGAGAUGCUUUACUGUUCUUCACUGGGAUAACAGUUGUGUGGCUGGCUGGGAAAAAGGCUCACAUAUCCAUUUUUAGCCCCAAAGGUUCUGUUUUAUCUAAUGUACUUGGAUUUGUAGGUCAUCCUGUGUUUUAACUGGUAGCAGUGACUAAGAGGAUGCAGAGUUGCUGUCAUGUCUGGCUGACUGAAGUGGUGAGGAAAUAAUAAGAGCUAUGGAAUUAGCUAAAUACUUCAUCAGCAUUUUACACAUUUUACCAUAAAGGAAAUGAAGUUGUGUAGAUUUCAUUGUUUAUAGCACAAUGGAUUUAGAAGCAAUUCUAGCAAGCAAUGCAUUAGCAAUUGCACAGAAUUAACCACAGAACAUUGGCUGAAUCAUCAUACCUCAUACAGACAGGUUUUACUGUUCAUUCUGUAUCUAAUGAAAAUGUAAAGGUUUACAAGAACCAUCCAGGCCAGAGCAAAGAAGCACAAUGACCACAUUAUUUUGUUUUGGUGAAAAAAGAAAUUGUUUACUUCUUUCCAAGCAUACUGUCUUUGUAUGUACGACUUUGUAACCUGUAAAAGGAGGUUUCACUCUAGUUCACGGAUUAUGCUGAAACAUAAACUCAUGUCUUGUCAUAUGUGUUCUUGUACAUAGAUGUUUAAAGCGUUUUUAAUCCAAAUGUAAAUUGUUUGUUUUAGCAUGUGAUGAUUCAACAUGUCUUGGCUUACAACAAUUACCAUUACAAAAAUGGAUGCUACUUUUAA